UUCAACUGAAAAGAUAAUUUUCAUAGUUUUUACAAUGAGCAAAUUUAGCAACAGAAGGAACGCACUCAUUUAAUCCUAACUAAUUGUGAUGAUAAAAGUCUGCAACAGUUUAAGAUAAUGUUGAUACUGAAGAUCUGAUAUAAACACGUUUCACUACGAGAUUAACUAAAAACGUCAAAUAAUAUUUUAUGUCAGUAUCACAAAUACUACAUCGAUAAACGUUUUUAUUUAAGCAGAAAUCAUUAAAAAUGUGCAGCAGGAUAUCUUCGAUGUGGACUACACUUUAACGGUAUAUGCACCAUAUAAAUAGAGAACAGGCACCAUAUAAACAGUACACCAUAUAAAUAGAAGUCAGCUUAUACGACGCUACGAGUCUAUUUACCUUCCAAAGUUGUUGUGUGUAGCAUAUGAACGUACGCUGUUAAAUUUCCGUUGUUCUCUCCAGUUUCGUCCGACAUUUCCACUCUGCCACGCGUCGACCUUGCUCUCUGCCCUCCCACCUCUGUGGGUCCUCUUCCACCAGAAACUUGGCGGCCAUUUCAAAUACUAUCAAUCAGAUAAGCCUUUGCAGUAUUUUAAUGCAUCGUCGCCGCUAACUAAUGCGUUCUGUUAUACCCGAUCACGCAGGAUGUUCGUCCAGUUCAGUUGACAAUUGAUGACAUUUGGGACUCUCAUUACAUUUUGAGAGCAUCUCUUACCCACCUGUGGAACACCACCGUUUCGCCGCGCCAGCUCUCCGUCGAUCAGCUGAUCGAGCCAGUGGCUUGUGACGGACGCAACAUUGGCGAGGACACGAACAGCUGCAGCACCAGCAGCAGUAAUCACAACGACGAAGUCGACGGUAACAAUAACAGCAACAACAACGCGGUGUUUUGGAAAAACAACAGUUGACAAGAAAAAGCAGAGGAAGAAAGUAGAGGUUCUUCUUUCCUGCGACUGCUGCAAAAUACGUCGUUCAUGGCUGCGGUACGGCCGCUGCUGACGACUGCGGUGAUCGUUGCAGCAGAAUUAAACGCUGUACAGCUGCUGACAACGACAGCGGCGAUCGAAUUAGACUACCAUAGCGAAAAUAACGGUCCAGUCGUGCGACGCACCUCGAAUAAUGGCGCAACAUUUAUUGACUAUGGAUAGCUGCUUUAGAUGACUCUAGCCGACAGCGCGUCGUUGUUUUGUCUUGAAGUUGUUGUGUUUUGUGUGUCGCUGCAGAUGCUCGACCCAUGUAAAUAUCUAUAUUUUCCGUGGAACGGUGCACAGUGAAAACUGGCUAACAAUACUCUGCAAUUGAAACUGUGUGUGUGCUGCUACUAAUUUAGAAGAAGAUUUAUUACUAUACCGUUGACUAACUAUUACGCACAACGGUUCUAGUUGUUAUUACUAAUGUUUAAGUUAAGUACUGAGAUAUUUAUCAGCUAGCAUGAAACGUUGAGCAGCUAGAUCAACAAAGAUAAAGACAACUCAGAAACGUUGAAUUGGAAUAACGUGCCAUUUCUACCUACAUACGUAUUCUUAUUUGGGUACACAAUUAGAAAAAAAUAAUCAAAACAAAAGCAGACAAAGUCAACUCAAGUCUGCCAGUCGCGUUGUGUUAAGCCUCUGGCCUCGUGUCCCAGAACUGUCACUCGUUCUGAUCCUGUAAAUAUGUCCUGACGCAUACGGUCUCCUUCCAUGUAGCCAUUAGGACUACACCAUCGUUGUAGUACAUUUCUCAUUACUUGUAUAACUACUACAGCGGCAGCGAAAGUAUUCUUUCUAAUAAGAUAACGCACGCACAGAAGCCGGUUGGACAAAUGUAAAGAGGAACAUGUGCACAAUCGGUAAAAUACUUGGUAGCAGGCAGCCAGACAGCGGGCGCACAGAGUACUAAAAAAGUCGUAGUACGAAUAGCUACGGUAAUUUAUCGUUAUUUGUUUGCAACAAUAAUAAUAACAUGGCUCCUAUUCAUACGAUUUCCACUGGUAAAUAUAACUACCUGGUGUACCACUAACGAACAAUUGAUUUCGUUACCACAUUCGCACACGGGAUGUUUCUCUAGCGAUAAGUCACACUAUGUUCUGAGGAGUUAUUGGAUCACAUUGUUGAGAUAGUGUUCUUCUUCUUAUUAUUAUUAUUACCAAUGCUAAACGUAUUAGUUGUUAUUGUUUGUAUAGUAUAAUGUUGACUUUGGUGGUUAAACGACUGUCGAUAUCGUUGCAUAGCUACAAGGGCGGAUCAGAACGGCCAUUCGGUAUAGGGGUUCGUGUGAAGAGCAAACACUAGAGCUCUAGCAUCGCGACCGCCGACACGAGCGCUAUUGUUGAUAUUAUCGCUAUUGCUUAUGUCGUUAUUGUGAAUUUGUAAAUACUGCUAACUGAACUUCUGAUCAACUGACAGAAUACUACAGACGAUAUAUACAUGCAUUUUUUGAUUUAACCGUUAAUGAGUUGAUUGUUGCUUGUUUAAAUUCUCUUAAAAGUUUCAUUUUCCUGCCUACAUUCUUAAGAAAUUUUUGAUUCUUGCUACUCUUACCUACCCAUCGCUUUAUACCUGCACUGAACCGUGCUGUUCUGUAGCAAAUCGAGUUCUAUUGCUUUAACGUAUACCAAAAGCGUUUGUUUACCAUGACAUGUAGUGGACAAUCACACCGAGAAAGUAACGCGCGUAGACGAAUCUCAUUAUAUGCAUUUUUUUCACAGGCUAAUAGUAAGUGUAUAAAACGACUCACUAUUGGGGUACUACAACUUCUGAUAAGACAUUUUGUUGUGCACCAGGUCAUUGUGUACCCCCUAUCAUAUUAUUAAAAGUGUUUACUAGCAAACCAAUGACCAAGCGAUAUUCAAAAGCGAAUACUGCCGACAAGAAACGCAGUAUCUAUAUGCAACCGUUUUAAGAAUAGGCUACGAUUCAAUUUACCCAGUUUGCCCUUUCCGGAAUAACGGGUUCAAUUGCCCACUAAUUCGGGGCCGAGAGUACCUGUUACCGAUUGGGGACUUCGAAAGCUCCGUGUCAGACGCUUGAAACAACGAUGCCUGUACCAAUGUCCAGCACCGGCUUGGGCCGGAUAAGCACCAAAAUGGACAGCCGAAAUGUUGUUUGUAUAUGGGCGACUCGAUGUGGGGAGCUGGCAUUAGUACCUUCAGAGAAUCAGCUACUUUGGCUUCCGCAUACCCCCUCCGCACCAACGAAGUCCUACAAGGAUGCAUGUCAACAUCUACUCGUUAAGAAUCCGCUGCAGAGCGAUGACCUGCUCACGAUAGAGCUAAACGCGGGAUGCCAACUUCGUGAGCAGUCACUUGAUGAGACGCGGUCACAUCUUCGGCAGUUUAAAUCUUCCAUGGACAAAAUUUUCGCAAGUGCGCAAUUUGACGCUGAUCGACUUCACGCUGUAGCUAGUACCCUGUUUGAUGCAGUAUGGCCCUGCGAAAGUUUUCAUUGGAGUGUGUUCAUCGAGCUCACUGAGCGACUAUACGGCGGCAACCUCAAAGCAGUUACGGAUAUUUAUCGCUUGUGCUGUUCUCGAGGUUCCACGUACGCCUGCGUGUACGACGUUCUUUGCGUGCUGGCCUGUCUAGAACUCGCUACGGAUCAUGGCGACGUUUCUGGGGAGAUGCGUUGCAGACUAAUUUUUCGAAUGUUUGACCGUGAUGAGGACGGCAUGCUCGACCCAGGUGAGCUUGCGUCCCUUGUACACGAAGUGGAGGCGGCACGAACUAUUGGGGGAUCGGUCGAUACAACACGGAGAGAUCUCGCCGUGGCAGAGGCCCGAAAAGUGUUUGACCUUAAAGAGAAAGAAAAGCUACCAUUGGUUAACUUCCUUACAGGAGUGGGAAAUCUACGUUUUAGGGGAACGUCCCUCCUACUUCGAGCGCCACACUCGGUUUUCGAAUAUCUCGACACCGCACUAGCCGAACCGGGCAGAAGAUCGAAACGACGGCGUUCACCGAGUAAAACUUCAAUCGACUAUACGCUCGCAGAACAUUCCGUGCGAGUUCGCCGAAGCGGAGCUGUGUGCGAUGUUCUCUCUUGGUGGAACGUACAAGAACGCGAGGAGACCAGCGGCGACGGUCUUCGAGGAGGAGGGAUCAGUAACAACAAAACCAUGGACAGUGAAAUCUCGGUAGAAGGAGAGAAUCAUAACCGACGAGAUUUGCGUCUCGGAAGGACAAUCUCGAUAAACGCAUUUAACGAGCGUAACCAUUCAAAUGAGCUACUUGUAGCGCUACGUUAUUUUGAGCAAAGCGUAAAUGCAUCUGAGAAACAUAAACCGAAAGAAGCGUUCAGUUGGGCCGAUGUGGAUCGCAAUGCUUUGGCCGCCUGUAUCAUCAAAGUCUGCACUGAUGUGAAAGGAGUUUUACUCAAGGAAGAUCGCCUGCUUCAGCUACAAAGUCCUGUUUAUAUUCUUGGCGAUAUACACGGCAACUACAAGGACCUCGUGUGCUUUGAGAAGGCGUUGUGGCGAAUGGGCCCCGUGGUAACACCGUGUACAUUUUUGUUUCUCGGCGACUUCGUUGACCGGGGCCCGAACUCAAUUGAAGUUGUGGCUCAUCUUUUUGCCAACAAACAACUAGCGCCAGAAAAAUUCUUCCUUCUGCGAGGCAAUCAUGAAGUACGCAGUGUGCAGAGGAUGUUCAGCUUUUACACAGAAUGCAAAACCAAAUUUGGGUCCGAUAUGGGCCAUCGAGUGUGGGAGGCCAUAAACUCAUGUUUCGAUUCGAUGCCUCUGGCGGCUGUUAUCGACGACAAGCUGUUCUGCGUGCAUGGUGGUAUACCACCGGCCUGGUUACUACAAAGACCUAAUGCCGAUGAGGCUGAUUCAAGCCAGAAAUUGGCUGGGUCUAUGGAAGCUAUUAACAGCAUACCGAAACAUUUGCCCGAUCCCGAGGUUCAGAGCCCACUGGCUUGGGAACUCAUGUGGAGCGAUCCAAUGUGCUCAAAAACUUCUGAGUUGUUCCCCGCUGAUACAUCGAUUGAGGAUCAAGACGUACUAUACACAGAAGACUUCCAGGCUAAUCCUAAACGACGCACCGCUCACAUGUUUAGCGAAAAAGCCCUCAACGAAUUUUUGCAUUUCAAUGGACUUUCACACGUUAUCCGUGCUCAUGAAGUUCAACAAGCCGGAUUUCAAGUCCAACAGAAUGGCCGUUUACUUACGGUAUUUUCAUCUUCGCGCUACUGCGGAGGUUCAAAUGAAGCUGCCUGCGUCCUCGCUGAUAGACAAAAAUUGCGGAUGAUCCGAUUAGAUACAUCAUAAAGCAAUUAAAUGCUUUCCAUUUCAUGGCUCACAAUUCCGUACUACGAUUUCAUCGCACAUUAGCACAAUGACCAGAAACAUAGAAAUUACUGUUUUAAAAAAACGGAUACAGUGUAGUCUGAUUGAUGCUCAAGUAAUCAACAGCAUACUGAUUACUGCCGCGCAGAAAACGUGUCAUGGUCAUACAGGAGUUCAGAAUGCACAGUGCCGGUGCGUGCGUUGUCCGCGAGACAGCGUCAAGCAUGGUCUUAUGUCAUCGUCAUCAAUAUCUUCUUCCAUAUUUGUGUACUGUUACGUGUACAGUAAGCAAAACGAGAGCUACUGAUAAAGCUGGCGAUGAACAUAAGCUUGUGUUGAAAGGAAAGUCGCUAUGGUACAGCUAUGCUUGUAAAAUAUUGACUCUUAAAUCAAUUUAUUCGUGACAGGCAUUGAUAUUGAUUUGAAGCAUAUAAAAUAUACUGCUAAAGCUCAUUAAAACAAUUCUCUGCAAGAAAGAACACUUCUAAGUGAGGCGCAAGCGAUACAUAAAUAUGCUGCCCACAUAUCUUGGAAGCUGUUGUUCUUAAUAGUCUUAAAUAUUUCUUUCUUUGUUUUCUCGAAGGAAGAGAUUAGUAAUGGCCAAGGACGUAAUGGAUGAGAUUGUAAGUACCCAAAAAAAAGUAUUAGUAAUUCAAGCAAACUCGACCAUUACCUUCGUAAACAACUUCCUGCUAUUCGGACUAUAUGAAGUAAUUCUAUUAUAAACAAUAGUACUCAGUUAGGAUAAUGUAGUCUUAGCUGAGUUUGUUUUGAAUAGAGCUAUGAAAACCCAGUAAUGUUGUGUAUGUGAGCUUCUGGUGGAUAAGUAUGUUUGUUAUAAGCAGCUGUACCUCACUUUGGACGUCCUAUGUAUAAUUAUAUAGAUUUUGUUAAUCGCGACUGGCCAUGAGACGAGCCGUGGAUAUUUUCAGUUGCUCAAAUGACAAAACGCUUAUUUGGAAAACAAAAUAAAUAAACCGUAUUUAAUCAUUAUUCAUCGGAAGGAUAUAGCUUGCCAGUAAUUCAUAUUGAAGCGUUAUUUGCUACCUGUUUCAUGCUGGCAAGAGGUACCAUGUCAGUUCAUAAGGUUUAGCUGUCAUGCAAUAGGGUUGCUGGACAUUCUGGAACUGUUAUGAAGGUAGGAAAAUUUUUUGUUUUUUAGUCAUCAUUGCUCAUAUAUCGACGUUGCACACCGUGAGAUAAAUUGCGUGCGCA